CCCCCCCCCUCCUCGCCGUUUACAUGUGGAAAAAGAGAGACAGAAAGAAGAAAAAAAAACAUAUUUUCGCCGGUUUCGGAUGAGGGGCACGGACACCAUCACGAUCCGUGGUGAUGGACCUAAGGAAUAUUUAACGUCAAACAUGGACACAGACUCCCCGCGAUGACUGUGCUCUCACCCCCGGUGCUGUGAGGAGCUCUGCCUCGUGGACACAAUUUAGGAGCAUCGGCCCUCUUUUAUCCCUUCCUUCUCCAUAACCCCUUCCCUCCCUCACCUUUACCAAUCCCAGCCACCCACAGCAGGGCUUCCCCGUAGAUACCCCUUCCUCUUGCAUAACACAGGAACACAUAAGCAUUCUGAUCAUAUACCGUACAGGUUGUGAUUUUAUAAAGGAAGACAAGGGAGCAACGACGUACUGGAGAAAUAACAUAAAGGCAAUAAACUGAGGACAAUAUGCAAACCAAAGGAAUGAUAUUUUUGGAAAACUGAUGAUGUAAAGAUUUAUAUUUUGUACAUCAAACUUUUAAUACGAGCUCAGAAAAACCCAAGGCACGAGGACAGACCUUUUGCACGCACAAUCCAGUUUAGUUUUCUUUAUUAACUCGACACACACGUCACGGUCUCAUGAUGAUGUGCGAGGUGAUGCCCACCAUUUCUGAGGAUGGGCGAAGUGGGACUGGUGGGGGCCCUUCCUCACCUGCCGGGGCAGGAGUCGGGGGCUCCGGAGGUGCAACGGCAGGAGGAGGCUGCAGUGGGAGGGAGGCAAGAAGCGGAGGAGACGAAGGAGGCAGCACGGGGAACCUGGAGUCGCUAAUGGUCAACAUGCUGACCGAGAGGGAGAGGCUCCUGGAGAACCUGAGGGAGACCCAGGACUGCCUGGGCACGGCUCAGCUCCGCCUCCGCGAGCUCGGCCACGAAAAAGAAUCACUUCAGAGGCAGCUAACUAUUGCUCUGCCGCAGGAGUUUGCUGUGUUGACUAAAGACCUGAACGUUUGCCGGGAGCAGCUUCUGGAGAGGGAGGAGGAGAUUGCUGAGCUCAAGGCGGAGAGAAACAACACACGUUUGUUGCUGGAACACCUUGAGUGUCUGGUAUCCCGCCAUGAGCGCAGUCUGAGGAUGACAGUGGUGAAAAGACAAGCCCAGUCCCCGGCGGGGGUCUCCAGUGAGGUGGAAGUCCUCAAGGCCCUCAAGUCUCUGUUUGAGCACCACAAGGCUCUGGAUGAGAAGGUUCGUGAGAGGCUCCGCGUGGCCCUCGAGAGGGUGUCCUUGUUAGAGGACCAACUUGCCGCAUCAUCUCAAGAGGUAAUGUCUUUAAGAGACCAAAUUAAAAGACGUCAACAAGGGGCGGACGGCGGGAAAGAUCGACUACCCAAUGGUCCCUCCACUGGCCUGGAGGACAGCGAGUUGGAGAGACAGCGAGAAGGAGAGAUUGAGAGGCAGAGAGCUGAACUCUCCCAGCUGAAGGAGAGGCUGGCCCUCAUGUGCCGGCAGGUUGGGGAAAUAGAGGAACAGCUUGCGGCCGCCAGGAGGGAGGUGACGAAGUCAGAGGAGGCCAAUCAGAAGCUCCAAAGGGAAGUGAAAGAGGCCCUUUGCCAAAGGGAGGACAUGGAGGAGAGGAUUACAACACUAGAACGCAGGUACCUCAGCGCCCAGAGGGAGGCGACUUCUCUCCAUGAUAUCAAAGACAAGCUGGAAAAUGAGCUGGCAAGCAAGGAAUCACUGCACAGACAGAGUGAAGAGAAGAACAGACAGCUACAGGAACGGCUGGAUGAAGCCAAGCAGAAGCUCCAGCAGACCCUACAGAGGGCAGAGACACUGCCCGAGAUCGAGGCCCAGCUUGCCCAAAGGGUUGCUGCUCUCAACAAGGCAGAGGAGCGCCAUGGGAACUUUGAGGAGCGACUACGGCAAAUGGAAGCUCAACUCGAAGAGAAGAACCAAGAGCUACAGAGGGCGAGGCAGAGGGAAAAGAUGAAUGACGAACACAACAAACGCCUCUCAGAUACAGUGGACAAGCUUCUGUCAGAGUCCAAUGAGAGACUGCAGCUCCACCUCAAAGAGAGAAUGGCAGCACUAGAGGAGAAGAAUUCUCUUUCAGAAGAACUGUCCAAUAUGAAGAAAAUCCAAGAUGAUCUUAUAGCUAAUAAGGAACAGCUCCUUGCUGAGCUGGAGCGAAUCCAACUGGAGCUGGAUCAGCUACGAGGCAGGCCUGGCUCUUAUUCCAGGGCAGGCAGCGUGAGCUCACUUCCCUCCACCCUUUUUCGAAGAUCUCUCCCAGGGAGCGCCUCGGAGCUGCGGUACCCUCAGGGUGGAGGCUCGCUCCCGUCCGGCUACAGCAACUCCUCUACUGGGGUGGUGGUCAGGCGAACACACCGAGGCCGGUGGGGGGCUUCUAGAGACGAUAGCAACAAGUAUGGAGAAUGGGACAGCGGUAGUAUGCUUGGUCCCGGUUUUGAGGGUGGGGAUGGAGGCUGCUCUGACGAUGAGGACGACAGAGAGACUAUGUUCGGAUCGGAGCUGCUCUCUCCCAGUGGACAGACAGAUGUACAGACUUUGGCCAUCAUGCUACAGGAGCAACUGGAGGCCAUCAACAAGGAGAUUAAGCUGAUUCAAGAGGAAAAGGAAAGCACCGAACUGAGGGCAGAAGAGAUUGAGAGCCGGGUCAGCAGUGUGGCCCUCGAUGCCCCAUCUCUUCCCCCCUCCUCUCUGGGAGGACGUGACAGCGUCGGCAGGGGAUACAUGACUCCCUCCAUCACCUCCUCUACAUUGGCGUCUCCCUCACCGCCCAGCUCUGGACAUUCCACCCCCCGCCUGCCACAUUCCCCUGCCAGGGAGACUGACAGACAGAACAGCAAAGAUGGUGAAGAAUGCAGAGCACUUGCCCUGAUUGACUCCAACCCUUCUGUUCCUCGAGCCCUACGAUUGGACCGUAUGACACACACUCACCCGGGAGCAGGACUCGAUGACCUCCGUGAAUUUCGCAGUCUCUCUGUUGACGGUUCUACCACUGCUAGCCAGGAUUCCCUCCACAAAGCCAGCAAAAAGAAAAGCAUUAAGUCGUCUAUUGGUCGUCUUUUUGGCAAAAAGGAAAAGGGGAGGAUCGGUGCGCAUGGGCGCGAGUCUUCCUCACUGGCCUCCACACCUUCUGACGACCUCGGUUCAGCUGACCCAUUAGGCCUGGCUAAACUUGGGACUGGAACAGUGGAGAAAGACCGCCGCAGCAAAAAGAAACAUGACCUGUUAGAGGAAGCGUGUCGUCAGGGUCUGCCUUUCGCCUCAUGGGAUGGUCCGACUGUCGUUACGUGGCUUGAGUUGUGGGUAGGGAUGCCUGCAUGGUAUGUAGCAGCAUGUCGUGCCAACGUGAAGAGCGGCGCCAUCAUGGCUAACCUGUCGGAUACAGAGAUCCAGCGGGAGAUCGGCAUCAGCAACCCUCUACACCGGCUCAAACUCCGUCUGGCCAUCCAGGAAAUGGUCUCCCUCACGAGUCCAUCUGCACCUGCAAGCACUCGCUCUUCGACCAGUAACAUUUGGAUGACACAUGCCGAGAUGGAGUCUCUCACUGCUGCCACCAAGCCAGAGCAGAAGGAGUUCAGCUGGGACCAGAUCCUGGCCUAUGGGGACAUGAACCACGAGUGGGUGGGAAACGAAUGGCUGCCCAGCCUGGGUCUGCCCCAGUACCGCUCCUACUUCAUGGAGUCACUGGUGGACGCCCGUAUGCUUGAUCACCUCACCAAGAAAGAACUGAGGGGCCAGCUGAAGAUGGUGGACAGUUUCCACAGGGUGAGUCUUCAUUAUGGUAUCAUGUGCUUGAAGCGCUUGAACUAUGACAGGAAGGAGCUGGAGAGGAGGAGGGAUGAGAGUCAACACCAUAACCAAGAUGUAAUGGUGUGGUCCAAUGAGCGAGUGAUGUGUUGGGUGCAGUCUAUUGGUCUGAAAGAGUUUGCUGACAACCUAUUAGAAAGCGGGGUGCACGGGGCUCUCCUGGCGCUAGAUGACACCUUUGACUACACUGACUUGGCCCUCCUCCUCCAGAUACCCAACCCAAACAUACAGGCGAGGCAGCUCCUAGAGAAGGAGUACAAUGCUCUCAUCACCAUGGGAACAGACAGGAGGCCAGAUGAGGAUGGCACGAAAACCUUUACACGGUCACCAUCAUGGAGGAAGAUGUUCAGAGAGAAGGACCUCCGCGGCGUGACUUCUGACUCCUCAGAAACAUUACCUGCCAACUUCCGUGCCUCCGCCAUCUCAACCCCCUCCGUCACUCUGAGAAAAGUCCAGAGUGAAGUAGGUCCGAGAGGAGAGUCGGGGUCCGUGAGAACAUAUUCUUGUUAAAAGAUAAGCACACCAGAGCCCCACCUCUAUCCUAAUCCAUGGGGGAAAAGAAACACAUUUUUUGGAGAAAAAGCCCGAAGGAUCAAAAUAAAAAAUGGACACUAGAAGAUGAUCAACACCAUUUGAGUGAGAUUCCUCAAAGAAUCAAAGACACUGAGUAAAUGAUUUCUUAAAAAAUUAUAAAAUAAUGAGUGAAUGUUUGUUAAUCCAUCUCUCUCUCUCUCUCUCUCUCUCUCUCUCUCUCUCUGUCUCUCUGUCUCUCACCCCAUCUUGAUCCAUAGUUGUGGCAUGAUGCUGUUUGACUCUGUAGAAAGUGGCCUGUAGAAAGUGACCAUCACCUAUUGUGAAUACAUCUUCUGUUUUUGAGUGUGAGAUGGCAAUAUUGACACAAUGAAUUUAUAGUUUUUAAAAUGUAAAACUGCAUUCCUGUUGAGAUCGAGAGAAAGAUACCCCGUCACACAUCAUUUCAGGUGACCUUACUAUGAUUUAGACUGAUAAUAGAACAUACUCUGGCUAGUAAAAAAUACACAAUACAUUAGAGUUUGGGGAAAGUGUGGUUCAAAGGGAGAAUAUGACUGUACACAGGGGGAAUUACAUGUAUGUUCUUAAGCCAUAACAGACAUGAGAUGCACAAAUGUGAAUAGGACGGACAAUGAGACAAUUAGCAAAGUGCUUUAUGACAAAAUCCUGUUUAAAGUGGAGAAAAAAAAGAAUUAAGCAUUUGUGUUAAUAUGCAUGCUGAAAUCAACCAUUUUAGAGUGAACAUCAUGAUAUCAAUCAUCUAAUGAUGUGAAAGCUUGGGUCAGGACUUUGUAAUAUGUGUGUAUUUUAUUUUUAUCAUUUUUUAUUGAUAACUGCUAUUGUAUGUAUGUAUGUACAGUAUGUAUGUGUGUGUGUAUUAAACUGUAUGUUCAUUUCAUACUUAGUUUUAAGACUGACUGUAAUUUCAUUUUAGGUUGAAAAAGGAAAUAUGUUUUAAAUUAUGGACAUUAAAGAUAUGCUACUUGUAUGUGUACAUUUUGAAAAAAAGUGUUAUGAUUUAAAUUCCUAUUAUUGGAGAGUAGUGAUGAUAAUUGAAUAUAAUAUGGUAAUAAUGAUAAUGAUUGUAAAAGCUGUAAUUAAAAAACAUACCUGUAAAACGCUAA